AUGCCGCAUCCACUUCGGGACUGCGCGGCCGACGUGACAGCCGCCUCCGCCGCCCUCGCUCGUCGCGUCGCCGUCGUUCCCCGCCGCACGGCCGCGCGCGCCGCGGCCGUGGCCGAGUGGCACGCGGCCGCGGAGGCGGAGGCGCGGCGGCGGCGCGAGGAGGCGCGGCGGCAGCGGCUGGCGGCGCUGCGCAGCAGUGACAUGGACGCUUACAAGGCCAUGCUGUCGGAAGCCAGGAACGGCCAGCUCAGCCAGGUUCUGGCAGAAACAGACAAGUGCCUGCAGACCCUCACCCGCCGCCUCAACGCGUCGUCUGCUGCCACCAAGGGCCGUGGCGCCGGAGCUAAAGGCGCCAGCACGGCGUUAGCAGCGGCUGCUGCCGUAGCCCACAAUGGCGAUGCGGACGACGCGUCGGGCGCUUGGGGCCAGCUGGCGGCGCGGCUUGUGGCGGACAUCGAGCGGCAGCCUGCGAUGCUGGUUGGCGGCGAGCUGAGGGACUACCAAAUGCAGGGCCUGCGUUGGAUGGUGGGCCUGGCCGACAACGGGCUCAACGGCAUCCUGGCUGAUGACAUGGGCCUGGGCAAGACGGUGCAGGUCAUAGCGAUGAUCUGCCACCUCAUUGAGUCCCGCGGCGAGGGCCAGCCCUUCCUCAUCGCCGCGCCGGCCUCGGUGCUGCCAAACUGGGCCUCGGAGCUCGCGCGGUGGGCGCCGGGGCUGAAGGUCGUGGCGUACAAGGGCAGCGCGGCAGAGAGGGAGGCUACUUAUUACAACCAGGUCGGCAGGCGCUGCAUCGUGAUUGACGAGGGCCACCGCCUCAAGAACGCCGACUGCAAGCUGUCAAGGGAGCUGCGGCAGUACAGGAGCAAGGCGCGCCUGCUGCUCACGGGCACCCCCCUCCAGAACAAGCUGGAUGAGCUCUGGGCCCUGCUCAACUUCCUCAUGCCGGAUAUGUUCGACUCAGCGGAGGACUUUGCCUCCUGGUUUGGGCAGCCCCUGGAGGCGCUCAAGGGCGGCGGCGGCGCGGCGCGCGGCGACGGUGAAGAUGCGGAGGAUGCUGCUGGUUUGACCCAGGAGGAGUACCUGCUGCUGACAUCACGCCUGCACACGGUGCUGCGCCCCUUCAUGCUGCGCCGCCUCAAGGACAGCGUUGCGGGGGAGCUGCCCGGCAAGACAGAGGUGGUGCUGCGAUGCCGCAUGAGCCCCUACCAAGAGGCCCUCUACUCACUCGUGAAGGGCAGCUUCGUCGGCGCUGCGCAGCAAGAGGGGGAUGCGGCGGCGGCGGCCGCAGGCGACGGCCGUGCUGCGCGCGGCGGCAAGGCGUCGGCGGGCGGCGUCGUGGGCGGCGGCGGCGUGAGGGGCCUGGGCGUGAGCGUGAACAACGUGCUUAUGGAGCUCAGGACGAUCUGCAACCACCCCCUGAUCAGGCAAGACACGGCCCCCUUGAUCAACCGCCUGCAUCCGGAGAUGGGGGAGUCCCUGCUGCCGCCGUCGCCGCUUGGCCUGCCCCCCGGGCUGCGGCUGAGCGCCAAGGUGGAGGCGCUGGACCGGGUCCUGCUGUUCUGCACCAUGACGCGCGUCCUGGACGAGCUGGAAGCCUACCUGGACUGGCGCGGCUUCAGCUCCCUGCGCCUGGACGGGGCCAGCGGCAGCGCGCAGGAGCGGGGCGACCUGGUGCGGCGGUUCAACGACCCAGACUCUGAUGUGUUUGUGUUCCUCCUGUCUAUCCGCGCCGGCGGCGUGGGACUCAACUUGCAGGCGGCCGACACCGUCAUCAUGUAUGAUACGGACUGGAACCCGCAGAUCGACCUGCAGGCCCAGGCGCGCGCGUACCGCAUCGGCCAGACGCGCCCCGUGCUCGUGGUGCGCCUGCUGGUGGGCGGCAGCGUGGAGGAGCACGUGCAGCGCGUGGCGGCGGAGAAGAUCAAGUUUGCAGACUCAAGCAUCACGGGCGGCUUCUUUGACGGCAUGACGUCAGCAGACCAGCGGCGCCAGUACCUCCUGUCAAUCCUGAACGCCCCAACCGAUGGCCCCCAGCCGGCGGCCACCGGCGGCGCCUGCCCUGGCGGCGGCACCAGCAGCGGCGGCAGGGGCAGCGGGUUGGACAUGAGCGAUGGGGAGCUGAGCAGGCUCUUGGCGAGGGGCGCCGACGAGGAGGCGCGAUUCAAAGCGGAGGACGCGCGGCGCGCGGCCGCCGAGGCUGCGGCGGCCGAGCGGUGGGCGGCGGCAAAGGCGGGAGCGAGCGCGGUCGCGGGUGCGGGCGGCGCGGAUGCGGCUCCUGUGGCGCGCCUGGCGACGAGGGAGGAGUGCGCCGCGCUGAUCCGCGAGGCGGCGGAGGCGGCGGCGCCCAAGCGCAAGGAGGACCCGGCAAUGUUUGGCAGGGGCAUGCGGGGCGCAGCGCGGCAACAGGAGCAGGGCUCAGAUGCGUCGGGGCCACCAGUGCAGCCGCUGCAGCCGCCGCCGCCCAAGGCAGCCGCCUCGGCGCCUGUGGGCCGCAAGCGCAACGCGGAAGUGCGGCAGCAGGGCGAUGGUGACAAGCAGCAGGCUGCCCCUGCGGGCCGGCCCCAGGGACCUGCGCCCGCCCCUGCUGGCCAGCUGUGCUGCACAGAGCAGCAGCAGAAGCCGGGCGAUGGGGAGCCGCCGCAGCCGGCAGCCCGAAGCCCAACGGUGCCGGGCGGCAAGCCGCUGGGCUGCGGCAAGUGCCGCUGGGCCAAGGCAGGCUGCAAGCGCUGCAGGGUCGAGGCGGUCGUGCCCCAGGACGACAGCGCCUCUGCCGCGGCGGCGAUGGAGCUGCGCAACAGCUGUGGUGGACGCGGUGAAGUACAGGAGGCCCCCCGGACAGCUGCGGCCAGGGCCCGCGACUUUGCGGUGACUGCAGCGACGCCGGCAUACACCGCAGCAGGCAACGGCUGUGGUUUCACUGGCGCAGAUGGUGGGGGUGAUGAGGAGGAGGAUGGUGGGGCAGACCAGGAGGCGGUGAGCCCGCUCGCUGGCACGCGCGGCCCCAGCGCAGAGGCGGCCGCGGAGGCCGAGGCUCUGGCGCUGUCGCCGCCGCGGCCGAUGGAGCUGCAGCCGUCGCCGCAGCCUCAGCGGCAGCAGGAGCGCAUGCCAGGCCAUGAGGAGAAGGAGCUGCCUGCGACCAAGCCGCAGCAGACCGGGUCGUUGCGGAAAGAGACUUCAGGCGUCGUCGCCCAAAUGAGCAUGCCCGCAGCGGUCAAGCGCCCCGCGGCGGGCGACGCGGCGCCUCCGCGCGAUGUCAAGCGGGUCUGCAACAAGCGGCAGGUGGUGGCAUCGGCGGGCGCAGCGGCUGUGCAGCGGCCGGAAGAGGACGCCGCGGCAGCCGCAGCGCCGACGCGCAGCAAAUCUGCUGCUUUGCCGCCGCCCGCCGUCGACGCCGCUGCGGUCCAGGCCGAGGCGGCGGUGGUGGGUCUGCUGUUCGCUCGCUUUGGGCCAGGGGCGGCGAGGGGGUACGCUGCUGCAGCCGCCGCGCCAGACGAAGUGGUCGGUAUGCUGUGGCGGCGCUUCGGGCUGGCGCGCGUUGAGCAGGCGCGCAUCGGCCAUGCCACAGGGCUGCUGAGUGAAACCAAGGCUGCGCUGCUGCUGCGCCGUGAGCGCGAGGCGCGCGCGGCGCGGGCCAUGUCUGUGGAGGCCCGAGCGCGCUGCAUCAUCCUGCAUCAGCAGAAAGGGGCCGUUGCAAAUGCACAGUCGUGGAUGAACGAGAUGGGCUGUGCGCCAAGGGCCUAUGACGAGAUGAGCGAGCUGCUGGCGGAGAUAGAGGCUCGCAGGGGCGCAGACUUCGACGUCGAUGUGGCCGCAGAGCGCCCCGCCGCUCCCUUCAACAGCGGCGCCCCGCAGCGCCGCGGCCCCUUGCUGCUCCGCGUGCUGCGCCGCCUCAAUGCAGACGCGGCGGCGCUCGCGGCAGAGCGCGGCGCCGACCACCCCGCAGCUGUCGCCGCGGCUGAGGCUGCGGCUGUUCUGCUGCGCGAGGGGCGCGCGAUGCUGCACGGCUUCGGGAUCACAAGCCAGGGGGCGUGGCGCCUGCAAGCUCUAAUGCGAAGAUACAAUGAAGAGCUGGCGGCCAAGCAGGAGCAGCAAGACAGGGACGUGGCCGACCACCUUCGCACCAUGAUCGAGCUGCUCCCGCCGCGCUGGCGUCAACGCUGGCAGUGCGGCACCCCAUAUGACAUGAUGAUGGAGAAUGUUGGCCGCAUCAACACCUCCCAGGCCUAUCGCUGGGCGUGCGAUGAUGUCACCGUGUACAAAGAGCCCACCGCGCGCCCCGAGGACCGCUGGCUCCCGACCGGCAUGGAGUGCUCCGUGGCGGAGGCCAUCGCCGCCGCCGGCGGGCCCCUCAAGGACCACCCCAGCUGGAGUGUUCCCCACACCAUCACAGGCCUGCACGUCAUCAUCGACCGCACCCCCUGGGGCGACGCCAGGCGCCGCGACAGGGCGGUCAAGCUUGGCGCGACCGCGCCCCCGCAGCAGCCGGCCUUUGAUGUCGACGCAGACCCCCUCCUCCCAAUGAGACCGCAGCAAGCAGCACAUGCAGUGUAG